AUGGUGGUCUACUUGGACACCGUCAGUUGCUCUUUGCUUCGUGAAGAGCCAGGACGUGUGUCGAGUGGAGAUGUGAUAGAUAUCUCGUCAUCAGAUGAAGCCAAGAUUCCAGAGGAAGAGGACGAUGACGUGGUCAUGGUAGUGAGCGACGGCGAUGACGCGGAGGACGAAAAGGGCGACGACCUGAAUGACGGUGCACACAUCAACGAUGCAGUCAAUCUACCAGACUCUAUGGGUCGUGUCCUGGUCAAUGUGGGACAUCCACCCGAAGAUCCGGAUGUCUUCUUGGCACCGCAGUUGGCGCCCAUCGUCAAGCCUCAUCAGAUUGGUGGCAUUCGGUUCCUGUUCGACAACGUGGUGGAGUGCGUGAGCCGCUUCGACACCUCGAGUGGCUUCGGCUGCAUCCUGGCUCACAGCAUGGGCCUGGGGAAAACCAUCCAGGUGAUCUCCUUUGUGGACGUCCUGCUGCGGCACACGGCAGCACGCAAGGUCCUCUGCAUCACCCCGAUCAACACCAUCCAGAACUGGCUCGCGGAAUUUGACAAGUGGGUGCCGGCGCCCGAAGCUGUUCCGCAGAACCUGGUGGAUUCGGGCCAAGUGAGGCCCCGCUCGUACCGUGUCUACCUCCUCAACGACAUAUACCGUUCCACUCCAGCCAGGGCCGAGUUGAUCUUGGACUGGCACAAGAAGGGUGGUGUCCUGCUGAUGGGCUAUGAGAUGUACAGGAUGCUGGCGCUAAAGAAGGUGGUGCGUCCCAACAAGCGCCGGAGAAGUCCUAAGAAGGAGGACCUCUCUGUGCCGGAGGACGAAUCUCGCCAUUCACAGCUCCUGGAUGACAUCCACCAGGCCAUCGUUAACCCGGGCCCCGACCUUGUCAUCUGCGACGAGGGACACCGCAUCAAGAACUGCAAUGCAAGCACUUCCACUGCACUCAAGAGCAUACGAACCAAGCGGCGCAUCGUGCUGACGGGCUACCCGCUGCAGAACAACCUGCUCGAGUACUGGUGCAUGGUGGACUUUGUGCGGCCCUCGUACCUGGGCACGCGCUCCGAGUUCUGCAACAUGUUUGAACGGCCCAUCCAGAACGGACAGUGCCUGGACAGCACACCCAAGGAUCGGCAGCUCAUGCGCUUCCGCGCUCACGUGUUGCACAGCCUGCUGCAGGGAUUUGUACAGAGGCGAGGCCAUGCGGUGCUUCGGGAUGCCCUGCCACGGAAGGAAGAGCAUGUGCUGCUCAUUCGGAUGACGCCCAUCCAGCGGACGCUGUAUCGGGAGUUUGUCAAGGAGUUUCUUCACAACUACAGGGUCACCAACCCCCUCAAAUUCUUUGCGGUCUGCUGCAAGGUGUGGAACCACCCAGACAUCCUGUUCCACCUGGUGCAAGAUAAGAAGCAUGAGGAGGGCCUAGACAUCGACUUGGACAUCGACUUGAUAGGCCCCACAGUCAAGGAGACACAACCCAAGAAGCACCACCACCAUCACCACCACCACCACACCAACUCAGCAGGCCUCCCAGACUCCGUAGUUGCGGAAAACAGCUGUGUGGGGCCGGACGGCAGCCUGGCCGGGUGUGUGGACCCUCUGGGUCAGCCACAGGACUCCCCUUACUCUGCCUAUGGGCUCAACUGCGAUGGUGUCUCAACGCCCGUGUCCGGCAUGGGUGUGAACAAGCCCAAGUACACGCAGGAGCAAGGUGUUGUUGCACCUUUCCGGGAGAAGUCGGACAAUAACAUCAGCUACGAGUGGGCGUACCCCCUGAUGGAGAAAUACAUGCCGGACAUGCUGGAGAACAGCUACAAAUUCCUGGUGCUCAUGACCAUCGUGGAGCAGACGCUGGGCGUUGGGGACAAGUUGCUCGUGUUCAGCCAGUCCCUGUCCACGCUGGAUCUUGUCGAGCGCUUCCUCAGCCGCCGGGAGGUGCCCCUCAGGCCGGGCCUCCCUCAUGGCGAGAAGUGGACGCGCGGCAAGAACUACUUCCGCUUGGACGGGAGCACGUCGGCGCAGGAGCGUGAGAAGCUCAUCAACGAGUACAACUGCAACCAAUCAGUGAGCCUGUUCCUGCUGUCGACACGGGCUGGCUGCCUGGGCAUCAACCUGACGGGCGCCAACCGCAUCGUGGUGCUGGACGCCUCGUGGAACCCCUGCCACGACGCCCAGGCCGUGUGCCGCAUCUACCGAUACGGCCAGGCCAAGCCGUGCCACAUCUACCGCCUGGUGUGCGACAACUGCCUCGAGAAGCGCAUCUACGACCGGCAGGUCAACAAGCAGGGCAUGUCAGACCGCGUGGUGGACGAGAUGAACCCGGAGGCCAACCUGACCUGGAAGGACGUCAGCACCCUCGUGCAGGACAACGAGGACGACCCUCCUGUGCAGGACCUCUCUGCCGUCGCCAGUGGGUUCUCGGACUCGGUGCUGCGUACGCUCACCAUGGAGUACUCGCAGUGCCUCACCAAGGAACCGUUUGAGCAUGAGUCUCUCCUGCUAGACCGCAAGGACCUGAAGCUGACCAAAUUCGAGAAGCGCCUGGCCAAGCAAAGCUACGAGCUGGAAAAGAGGGCCACCCUCCACGGAGGUCGCACAUACAUGCACGCCGCCGCCUACUCCAACGGGUACCAGACAUGGCAGAACCGGCAAGGCACAGUGACAUUCCUCGGGCCAGGCCCGACACAAACCACGCCUUCGCCGAUGCAGCCCGGCUCACAGAACGGGGACAUGCCCGUCUGGGGCACACCAAACGUCAUGCAGUCCCUGCUGCGGCAAGGCAUGACAGUACAGAGAAUGCGGGUCCCUGCGAAGGUGACCAUACCGCUGAACAAUUCGGCGGACCCUCCGGUGGAGAUCCCGCCGGGAACCGAGAUUCUGGUGAUGAAGACGCCGAAGGGCGUGUACCUUCGGAUUCCAGAUGGCCGCAUCAUUGCGGUGCGCCUUCCCACGACUGGAGAGAUGGCUGUGGCAGGACAAUCGGAUGGUGUCUGCGUUGAGCAACACCGUUACAAUGUCUGCGGCAUCACUGGCAACUCAUCCAUGGCAGCCAAGUUGAGUUGGUAUUGGCAUGUACAGACACAGCCACUGCUUGUGGGAACACAGCAGCCUGUGGCAUCGCUCCACGGAUUGCCCCACCAUCGGCGCCUCAUGAAGUCUUACGGUGCAGAUGACCUGACCGUGUGGACGUGCACGGGAUCGGCAGGCGAACAACAAAAUGCCCUGCAGGAAGCCAUCGACAGAACCGACCGUGAAUCUGUGGGCAGUAACGCCGCCACAACAAGCGCAGGGAACAAGCAGUCCUUUGGCAUCGUUCAGCCGUCACUGCAGUGUGGAGGCCGGGUCCAACUGUCGGGAGUCGCGGGGCGUCAGAUCAGCAAGGGGCCACCAGAAGUCAUCAAUCUCGACGACGACAGUGACCUGCCUGACGAGAGCAGUGACGACGAAGACGGCGCUGGGCGCAAGAACGGUGCCAUCGUUCCCAUGUCGGCAGUCAAGGGCGCGACGGCCAUCAUCGAAAAGCCCAAGGAUGGAAGCGGCGGCGGUGGCGAGUCGGUCGCAGUGUGA